CUUCAUGCUGCUAGCAAGUUGGACGAACCGGUCGGUAUGACGCAUAACCAGUGUAGUGUGCUGUGUAGCAAAGGAGCUGAAGGGUGUUGGCACCGUGUGGGCAUGGCAUUUGAAAACACGACUGUAUAUGUUUAACAUUAUGGACGUGCUAUGUGGUCCCCUGGGCUUGGGUGUAGUAGCAGGACUGGGCUGUGGGCUCUUCCUCGGUUGGCACCUUCGGGCCCGCUUUGGCCCAACGUCCAAAAGCCUCAAGGCAGCGAUGGAGAACGGCACUGGGGAAUCGAGCAUGAUGGGAGAAGGAGGCGAGUUCAAGAUGAUCCUUGUGGUCAGAAAUGACCUGAAGAUGGGCAAAGGGAAAGUCGCUGCCCAGUGCUCUCAUGCUGCCGUAUCGGCAUACAAACAGGUCCAGCGCCGGAACCCUGAGCUUCUCAAACAGUGGGAGUACUGCGGCCAGCCCAAGGUGGUGGUGAAAGCUCCAGAUGAGGACACCCUGAUUGAUCUGCUGGGUCAUGCCAAAGAAGUGGGGCUUCCUGUUAGCCUGAUUCAGGAUGCAGGAAGGACACAGAUCGCACCCGGAUCGCGCACUGUGCUGGGUGUCGGUCCAGGCCCCGCUGACCUGAUUGACAAAGUCACUGGAGACUUAAAGCUCUAUUAAUGUUCCAGCUUGCAUCCUGAAGACUUGCAUACAAUUUAUUUUGACAAUAUAUGUAUGGGUUAAACUAUUUGCAAUGUAAAGUAAGUUGGGCUACCUUGACUUUAUAUUUUUAUACAACAAAGAUUGACACACCCAUAUAUUGUAUGUAAAGUACUUGAUUUUUUUUCUAUUUUCGAUUUGCGCACUUAAGCCUUUCAAAUUCAGCAUCAGCCGACUCUUGAAUAGUUGGCUUGGUGUGUAUUACUGUGAUAGUUUGGUUAAAGUGGUAAAUACCACACAAACAGGGUUAGUCCGUAUCACUAACCUACCAGCCCAGGACGACUGAAGACAUAAUACACAUAGGAAGCAGAUGAAAAUGAUGAAUCCCAUUAGAGUCACAGCCUUUUAAAAUAAUGAUAGACCAUUUCAUAGCAGGAAAAGCAUGUCACUAAUAACAUUAACAAUGGCUUCUAGGGAAGGAAUGAGUUAGCAUGAAAAUAUAAAUUAAUUGUGGGGUUUUUUUUUGUUGUUAUUGAUGUUGGUGACUACAGCUGUGCUUUUCCCGUUGUGAAAAAGGUCUAUCCCAACUGUUGCCCUAAAUGAUGUUCUCUUAAUAAUAAAACCAAGACAAAUCCUAA